AUGACUGCCAUCCCAUCCACACCACCGCCGCGUCCCGGGCCACCACCCAUCCCGCGCAGGCACCCAUCGAGGUCUGUCUCUGCAACAAGCUCUUCGAAAGGAUCCUCGCCCCUCACACGUCCUUCAUCCCUACAACAACACCCUGCGUACGACGCUAGUUCACAACAGUCGCCCUCCCCUCCAGACACUGCUGCUGAUACCGGUGACAACGGCGUCGCACCCUACACGCCGUCGACAUUGCGCGACUCGUCUUCGUCGUCACACCACCACCACCACGAGACAGGCUCGAACGGAGGCGGCGGCGGCGGCGGCGGCGGUGACUGGACACACCAGCGCUCACGACCGCCUUCCAAUAUCCUUCUCGGCCCUCGCACUCCGGCGCGCCCCGGAUCGCCUAAUGCACCACCCGUCUCGCCGGGCAUGCGCUUGGGACCCGGUGCACUCGGCCUAGGCGCCGCAGGUGCGGUCGGCUUGGGGCCUGUCCGGAUCGACUUUAAGGACUGGGUCAAAGCUGGCCGCGAGGGCAGUUUCGUUAGCACAACAGACGACGACAACGACGACGACGACGACGAGUCCAUCUUUCGCGAUGCCGACGAGCCAGCGUACGGCCAUGUCAACAGCGACCCCGGGCGUCCGUCGCCGUCGUCUGCGGGGGGCGGCGCCAAUGACGCCAACGCAACCGCUGCGAACGGGUUGGGGGCCGGUAGCGACAUGUAUCGCUCGUCGUCCCUCCAGAGGACCAAGAACUCUGGUGGUCUCCCCACAUCCAACUCCCUCUCCUCCCUUUCCAUCGACUCAAAUCACAGCCCGCAAGGCAUCCCGAGCGUCCUUAUGCGCAUCUCGUCGCGCACGUCAGACCGCGCUCCGACCGCCGCUGGACGCCAUUCGACCAUCACACCGCGCGGCACGUCCCACGAGCUCGUCCGCGAGAUGAGUAACGUGAGCAUUAGCCGUUCCAGCCGGCGCGGGUCGUCGCACCGGUACAGCCUGCCUGCGACGCCGCUCAACACCGACUCGCCAUCCGCCUCGGGUAUCGCUUCGCCCUCACGGUACCAGCCGCAUUCACCAGUGGCCAUUGCCAGCCCGCUGGAGCGCCGCUUCUCACGCCGAAUGAACACGCGCCGCGACAGCGCCGGCGGACUCGCUUCGUCUGCCGUGGAGGAGGAAGACGGCCCGCAGUCGCCGGCUGCCGCUGCACGACUGGAACAGACCCUCGACGACAGGAUACGGGAAGCCGAGGAACGUCUCGCUCGCCGCCAGUCCUUGCGGAACGGUGGUAUUGGGGACGAGCCGCAUAGCCGAGAAGCAGUGUCGCCCAUGGUCCGCCGCUUUGAAUCUGUUCGCCUCGAGAACACUUUAUCCCCGGCGCAUCGGCCCGGGGUGGCGACAACAUCCAUGGAUGCCAGUGGGACCGAGUAUGAUCACGAUUCGGCAUCACGAGGGUCGCGGGGAUCGGGCGACAGGGGCGGUUCGGGGUCCAGACUGGGUAAAGUGAGGCAGCCCAUUCCUGCAGAAUUCCACAAUGGCCGACUGUUCUCGCCCUCGCCCAAGGCAGACGACACAUACCAUGCCAGCCCACGUCAACACAUUGACCUAAGCGACUCGCCCCGGUCCCAGCGCACCUACGGAGGAGGCGUUGGACGCCCCCACAGCGUACUGGGUGACAGCCCGCGGUGGACCAACGGGCGCUCGAGCACACUUGGGUCAUCACGGCUGUCGCGCGACUUUGACACAUAUGGCUCACCCGCUCGUCGCGAACUAGGCUCGACCCGCGCUCGCCCAGAAAGCGUUCUGGAGACGUUGGCAGUCCACGACCGCUACUCGCACGGCUCGCAGGGAUACUACAACUCGCCUCACCGCAGCAACACGUAUGGCAAUGAGGACAGGACAAACCGCGUGAGCGCCGUGCUGAGCGAGUUUGGUGUGCGCGCCAGUGUCACUCCGGAACGAAGCUAUCGCCGGUCUCGCGAGUUUGCUGGCUCGCGCGACUUUGGGUCAUACCACGGCGGCGGCAGCGGCGGCGGCAGCAGCAGCUAUACACCACACGAGCUGCGACCCAGCGACUCGGCAUCCAUGACUGGGAACCGCAGUGAGCUUGGCAGCGUGUCCGCGGCCACCCGCAAGGAUCCCCUUGACGUCAUUCGCCGUCUGGAGGAGACCCGCACACAGCACAACCGCAGCUGGGAGGACCGCUCGGCGUCGGUGCUGGGUGACCGCUCGGCGUCGGUGCUGGGUAACUCGCGGUACGGCGGUGAGCGCGAGGUGCUGGCCUCGACACGGCCCACGUCACGUAUGGACGACGGCGCCCACGCCCGGGAGAUGCGAUCCUCGUCGCGGGUCUCGCAUGUCCGCCCGCAGACCUCCAUGUCGUCCAUGUCGUCGGUCCGGGAUCAGUUUAGCAACAAUGCGGCCCACAUUACAACACCACGUACAGCACCCGUGACGCGACGUCGGACAGAGUCGACAGACGACGCGGCGUCCGUCGCCGACAGCCCCUUGAUGGGCCGCACGUCUCGCGCCUCGCACGGGUCGUACACCGGUCCCAGCACCGAGCCCCGAGUGCGGCUGCGCAGCCAGACCAGUAUCGGCGGACGCUCGCAAGGGAGCAGCAACCCGGAAACCACCGAGCAUGGGCGCAACUUGCUCGACUCGGCGCGACUCUUGGACGCACGUAAGGCAGACAUUGACCCUGCCACCAUUGAAAAGCUGCAGACAGCAGCAAAGUGCUCGGAACGUACAAAUGUUGGGCUGCACGCCGCCCUCGCCAUUGCCUCGUCGCUCGCGGUCGAUGUGGAGAUUGACAAUGCCGCCGCGAUUGUCAGUGUGCGUGAGCGCCUGCCACGUUUGUCCGUCACCCUGCGCGAGGCCGCGCGCUCGUCCGACCAGGCGUCGCGUGACUUGACCGAGGCGUUGCUGGCCGUUCGCUCUACCACGGCCGCCGCUGCACCGGCAACGCCCGUAGCAGUCACCACCACACCGGCUCGCGCGUCCUCGGGCCGUCGCCCAGAGAGCAUGUACACACCGGGCUACACUCCACUCCGCGACUCUGCCGAGGCUGGAUCGACACACCGCCGCGGCUGGUCGACAAACACGUUCAGCGAGUCGCCGCGCAACGACCCACGGCACAGCCCGUCGCAGUCGACGUCGUCGAUCCAUUCACCGCUGCUGCGCUUCAACGGCCGUGAGACUCCACGUAACGACCGCCCACCGUCCUCGGCCGGUCGGUACGACUCGGGCGCCUCCAAUUCGAGCCGGUACGACAACGGCGGCGUGACGUCGUCGCGGUUUGACGGCCCGCGCUCGCUCGACCCCAUUGAGCAGAGCCCGCCAAAGCCCACGGCCAUCCACCACCCGACCGAUCCCGAGCCCCUUGAUGGUGGGCUGGGGGUCUCGACCGCUAGCGACCGGCCCACUGUCCGCGCCAGCGUCAGCCCGCGCGCAUCCCUGUAUGAUACUUCCAGUGCGGACGUGUCCAGCGACACGGUAAGCCCAAGCGUCACCGCCCAGGCCGUCGCCUCGCCCAAGACGCCGUUCAGCGGCGGCGCCUCGUCGUCCCCCGGCCCGCAGCCGUGGCCCAGCAACGCGUCACCCCGUCACUCGUGGCAAGCGUCAGUGGGCGCGGCCUCGUCCCCGCAGCCGUCAUGGCACACGGCCUCGCCAUCCGGCAUCGCGGGCGACGAGCACAACCUGCGCAAACAGUCCUCGUUGGCAAGCACGCACACGGUCCGUCCCACGAGCUUUGUGCCCUCGCACCCGCCCGAGCCCACGACCGCCGUCUCCAACUCGCCCGCGUACUCGCAGCAGUCGCUGUCCAACUCGCUCUCGCAGCGUGCCGACUCGGCCGACGCCUCGCUCCCGCCCCUCGAGCACGCACACGCGCCGCUGGUCCAGCACGAAAAGUCCGACUCGAUCACGUCGCUCGCGAGCGUCGGCGUCGUCAGCGUCACCAGCGGCCACCCGUCCGACACGGCCAGCAACGUCUCCGCAGGCGUGAUCGCCACAGGUCCCGUCGAGGUGACCCGCGCAGGCACGUUUGGCGCCGCGGACGGCGCGCGCGCGCGCGCCAGCGUCAGUGAGCGCUUUAGAAAACACCUCAAUGGGGAGAAUAGUAAAUAG